AGCCCCUGCUCCCUUCAGCCCCGAGUUUGAACAAUGUCCUCCAGCCACAGCAACCCAGGGAGCCUCUGAUCGCAGCACAGCCUUGGACUUAUUUCAAGGGAAAUUAACCCGGAAACCCCUCCGCGAGACUGUAAUCCUAAGCGUAUGCCCCUGGAAAAGGUAGGGAUGAGCACUGCCCUGAACUACAAGUCCUUCUCCAAAGAGCAGGAAACCAUGGAUAACCUGGAGAAACAGCUGAUUUGCCCCAUCUGCUUGGAGAUGUUCACCAAGCCUGUCGUCAUCCUGCCCUGCCAGCACAACCUCUGUAGGAAGUGCGCCAGUGACAUCUUCCAGGCCUCCAACCCCUACCUGCCGACCAGAGGAGGCACAACUGUGGCAUCGGGAGGCCGCUUCCGCUGUCCCUCGUGCAGGCACGAGGUGGUCCUCGACCGGCAUGGCGUGUACGGGCUGCAGAGGAACCUGCUGGUGGAGAACAUCAUCGACAUCUACAAGCAGGAGUCCACAAGACCUGAAAGGAAGUGUGACCAGCCAAUGUGUGAAGAGCAUGAAGAUGAGAGAAUUAAUAUCUAUUGUUUGAACUGUGAAAUACCCACCUGCUCCUUGUGCAAAGUCUUUGGUGCCCACAAAGACUGUCAAGUUGCUCCUCUCACAAAUGUUUACCAGCAACAGAAGUCUGAGCUGAGUGAUGGCAUUGCAGUCCUUGUGGGGAGCAACGACAGAAUGCAAGGGAUAGUCACGCAGCUGGAGGAGACCUGCAAGACAGUUGAGGAAUGCUGCAGACGACAGAAAGAGCAGCUGUGUGAAAAAUUUGAUUAUCUCUAUUCUGUACUGGAAGAAAGAAAAAAUGAGAUGACACAAAUAAUCACUAGAACCCAAGAGGAGAAACUGGAACAUGUCCGCUCCCUGAUGAAGAAGUACGCAGAUCAUUUGGAAGCUGUGUCAAAGCUGGUUGAAUCAGGAAUCCAGUUUAUGGAAGAACCAGAAAUGGCUGUGUUUUUGCAGAAUGCCAAAACAUUGCUACAAAAAAUUACUGAAGCAUCUAAAGGAUUUCAAAUGGAAAAAAUAGAGGAUGGAUAUGAAAAUAUGAACCAAUUCACAGUGAACCUCAGUAGAGAAGAAAAGAUAAUACGAGAAAUUGAUUUUGACAGAGAGGAGGAGGGAGAAGAGGAAGAGGAGGAGACGGUGGAUGGUGAAGAGUUGGAUGAAGUGCACACAGAGUCAUCAGGAGGGGAGGAGGUGGAGGAAGAGGUGGAGGAGGAAGGGGCUGAGACAGCACCACAGCCACCUCAGCAGGACCCAAAACCACAGAGCACAGCAGGAGAGCCCCCAGCCGAACCCUCUGCAGUGCCACUGCCUGCCACCCCAGCUGGCCAGGAUGAGGUUGUGACACCAAGUGGUUCUCAACAGACCCCAGAGUCUGACACUCAAGUGCCGGCCACAGCAGAAGCCACCGAUCCUUUGUUUUACCCUAGCUGGUAUAAAGCUCAGUCACGGCAACCAAGCAGUCCAAGCUCAACCCCAGUGAGUGGGCUGGGGACAGUAGGGCCUCCUGUUUCUCUGGAAACAAGUGCAAAGAAGGCAGAAGCCCCAGCAACAGCAGCAAUCGAGGAGAGUGCACCGGGGAGUGGUAAGGAAAGUAAUUCCACUGCAGUGAUGUCCAAGACUGGUUCUGAACUGUCCCCUCAAGGACAAGUGGAGGAAACUCCCGUGAGCAACGAGAGGGAUGAUGAGCCGGCUCGUCAUAUCUUCUCCUUCUCCUGGUUGAACUCACUGACUGAAUGAUGACUCACUCCGGCUGGCUUCUGGUGUGCUUCUCCUCAGAAGGACCACGAGCGCCCGCAGCCUGGCUGCAGUCAGCAAAGAAACUGCCCUGGAAAGGGACAUCCAAGAGGGUUUUGUUCCCAGGAACUCAAGUUGGCCUCCACAUUGUACCCAGCCCUUGAGAUGACAGUCCUGAGAAAGACAGGGACAUGGGGACAAAUUACUAUUGUACUCAGAGUGUUUUUCAAUAAUUUCUUGUUUCAAAGGGGAAAACAGCAUCACUUCAGCUGUAGGCUGAGCACUGCUAGUGUUUUGUCACUCACUUUCUGGCACAUCCAUGUGUAGGUGUAAAUGCUUCACCACUGUUAGCUAAAAUGCUGGUCUGAGAUUCACUAGUAGCAUCCUUUACCAAAACAGUGUUUCUCCUCAGUACCCUCCUGCAUCCCCACUCGUCGGUGCUCUGGUGACUUCAGUGACACUAUCACACCCUCGGCAGCCUCAAGCCAGGGUUGUGUCUGAGCUCAUCCCUGCAGCCACUUGUAUUCCCACAGCACUGGUGUCUCCCCGGCUGCGGAGGUUGAACACAGGAUGGGAGAGAGAAGCUGCCAUCUCUCCCUUCCCACUUGCUCUUCCUGCUGAGCCACCACAAAUGACCCUCCCAUAGAGGUUAUUUGUAGGGAAGGUGCCCAGCAGCAGGGAUGAGCAAGAUGCGCAUGCUGAAAGCACUGGCCAAGCCCCUGCACAUGAUUGCAGAACACAGCUCUGAGCCCGUAGGGCAGAUGCUAGAGUGCUGCCCACAUCUGUCCAGCCAUAAUGUGUCUGCACUUUCUCAGUCAUCCUUGUGUGUCAGAAAACAGACGUGUUCUUGCACAAAACCAGAACGGGAUGAGGUGGUCACAGGUUUAAUUUGAAGGCCUCAUGGUGAGCUGUAAAAAAGGUAAAUGUGAAAUGUCCUGUUCUGUGUGCAUGGCAGGUGCUGAGCCGCCUAAUGAAAUCAAAUUCAUGUCUUAAAAGUUCUGCAAGUUGUACUGAAGGUGACACUCUGCAAGUAUUGUCAUCGAGGACAGAGUGUCAGCACUCAGUAGUGAUUAAGGGAGAUAAGCAAGUUGCUGGGAGUCCUUGGUGCCAUAGGGGGCCAGGCAUCAAGCUCUGCACUAGGGUUAAGCACAGAUCUUUCUGGGAGUCCGGAGCCUGGCCUUGGACAUACCAUUUGGGCAGGGGACUGUGUGGGGCCAUAGGCCUGUGCUGAGCUUCAGCAGGACUGGUGAGCUUGUGGUGCAGACCCCAGGCAGGUUAGGAGGCUGUGAGGCAUCAACCCCAAGCCUGGCCUCUCCUCACUGCCAGGCUGAGCCACCUUAGCCUUCAUUGGUAUCUGUGUUGCCUGGAAAAUACUCUUGUGGGAGUUUUGGAGAGCUGCACAGGCGAGCUCCCUGCAAAGCUUUGGGACUUCCACAGCCACCACCACCUCAUUGCUCUGGCUGCUGGAGCAGCUUUUCCUGGGAUUUGGUUUGGCGUGAGGGAUUUUCUGGAAAAUAUGGAGGUCUUUCCCCAGUUCCUCCUGUGAAGUGUCUUCAUAAGCACUGCCACCUCCCCAGCGCCCCUGGGAGGGACCCAGCUUGAGUACCGCCGCCAGGACGGGAGGAGCUGAAGUGGGGAAGAACCUGCCUUUUGGGGGUGCGGGGAGGACGAGCAGAGCCAGACCGAGAACACAACAGAGAGGCCGGAGCUCAGGUUUUCUCACCUCUGCACUCUGGCGGGAGGAGACUGCCCGACCCCGGCCGCAGCGGCAGAGGCCGGGGAGCCCCUCGGGGUGAAUCGGCAGGGCUGGGGGCAUCCACCGGCCCCCGAGCCCCCCGUUUCCCCCCGGUCCCCGGGAGCAGCCUGCUCCGAGGACUGCUGCGCCCGGGGCCAGCGGCACGUCGGGGCGCUUCGCCGGACAGCCCGCGGGGACCGGGGCUCCCGGGGCGGGGAGAGGAAACGCGUCCUCGGGGGGGAUUUAGGGCUCCCCUAGGCUCCGGGUGACCGCGGCCGUGGGUGCACACACCCCCCAAGCCCCCCCCCCCCCCGUUCUCCCCGCCCCGGUAAGCGCUGAGGGAGGUGGAGCAGCCCUCGGGCGUCCAGGCAAGAAAGUCUAUCAAGCCAUCUUUACUUUGCAGCUUUUAUUAAAAAUAUAAAUAUUAAACAUUCUCUUACACAACCAAAUCGACCGAGCGCUGAAAAGAUGUUUUAUUGUGAAAGUGUUUACAGGAAAAAAAAAGUGGAUUUAAAGUAGCUUACAGAGAUUCCCCCUCCCACCUCCCUGCCCCCAGCAGAAAAGUUAUCUGUCUUCUCGGCACCACUUCUUCCAAUGCUCACACAUCCCUACGUAGCGAUGGCACUAGAAUAACUGGGAAAUGGAGAAAUAAAUAAAGGUAGGGGAGGUUACGAACGACACUCGUGUUUCUGCACUUGGUACACGGUUGUGCAUGCUAGUCAAGGGACAGAGGCUGUUCGGAGUACACCCUUCUAGGUUUAAAGCUAUAUAAAAAUAAAGAGAUGACAUCAGAGCAGCACUAUGGUA